AUGAAUAAUUUGAACUUUCUUCGUGAAGAACCACCAUUAAAUUGGCUAGAUUAUUUUGUCGAUCGGAAGAAAUUCGGAAAAUUUUUGGAUUUCGAGAAAUCAGAUUCUAAACAACUGUCUGCAUUGGGAAAUCAGUUCACAGAGCAAGCUGUGUUAAGUGAUAAAGAAUGUGAUCUGCUAGUACGAAAAGAGUAUGAUGAAGAAGAUUUAGCAUACAAUAGAUGUAAAUCAGCUCAGUUAUGGUUUUGUGCUUUAUCUUGCUUCGCAUCAGUCAAUUGGAAUCUCGACCUUAUGAAGCAGUGCUGUAACGUCAUGUCUAUGAAAGCCCUUAUGAAUCGACUUAUGGCAUUUUGCUAUCCGACGAAAAAUAUGAGUUCGAGCGAAGAUGUACUACUGGCAUUAGCAGAAUCAAAAAUUGAAUUUGAGAAGCCGGAACAGAUUUUUGCCUGUUGGCUAUAUGCCACAUGGUUGCUUAAAGUAGAUAUUGACGGACGCUUCCCUGAAACUGUUGCAAAACCGACUGUCAGCAAUCCGUUUAACCAAUUUGAUGCAAAUCUCAUGCAGGCGGAACAAUUUAAAAACUGUACUACUGAGUUACGAAGGAGCGUUGAAAGUGCAGAAAAGCUUUUGAAAAGAAUGUUAGAAUGUAGUCGGAAGGUGCAUAUUAUUGUGCCUACAAAAGAUUGUUUCUUGGAAGCUUUAUCAAAGGCGCCAAAUUUAGCUACUGACAGUGUUUUGAAUUUGGGAAAUAUGAGCAGGGCUUCGGUUUCGCUCCUUAAUUUUCAAACAUCAAGCAUACAAUUGGAUUAUAAUUUUUGGACGAUGACGAUUCUGUAUUCACUGAUGUGCAAUCAUUUUGCCGCUGGUAAAAUACAAGAAACAAGAAACGACUUGGAAAAGAUUGUGAAAAAUUGGCCCAAGUAUAAGAAAAGUUUAUUGGAUAAUGUUGUGCUUAGCAUAAACGAAGAUGAUUUGGCUGGUUACUGUGAUGCGGUAGUCGUCACACAUUGUCUUUCCACUCCUCGUUCUCAAGAUGAACUAAUGUUUGCAACAGUCAGUGAAAAGACGUUAGAUAUUUUGGAUAAUUGUUCAUCGGUACGACGGUUGGAAUGCCAAAGAAUUGCUUGUACAUCAAAGUCCGCCCUCGUAGAUGACAUUUUGGCCCAAAAUACUGUUUUGGAAUAUUACAACGACUUUCCGGCUACUUCAAUCACAUUAAUGAAAUUGGCAACAAACAGACCAACUAUUUCUCGUUUAAUUACGGUUUGUUUGCGUCUAGUGAAGAAAAGAGCAAAAGCACAAAUAAUAAAGGAAGUGAUGCAAUUUUUAUCCAUCAAAAUACCGAAUUUCGUCGAAGAAAUUAACAAAGUGAAUCCCGACUGUAGCAAAGAAUACGUCGGAAAUUUCAGAGACAUUUCGCGACAGCCAGUGCAUUCUUUACCGAAAGUUGCUGUUAUUAAAGAGCUUUUAAAUGGUGGCGCGGAUGUUUGGCGCUUGAUUGUUUCAUUUGACAUGAAUGAAAUCAAAUCGUUAUUUGCUAAAAUGACUGGAAAAGUAACUGUUCCACGUCGUUGUCGAAUUAGCAGAAUGAUUGGUGAUGUUAUGUCAGCGGCUGCUUCGCAAGGAAAUUUUGAACACAUCAAUCUGAUGUUGGGCAAAUUGGAACAGCUAGCAAUUAUUGGAGAUGGAACUCAGUGGCGCACAUUUUGCAAUGAAUGUGUGAAAGAAAUGGGACCACUAGGUAAAAUUCAAGAAAUACAAGUGCGAUUUGCUUUUGAUGCUGUUCGCGUUCAGCUAGAAUGUUGGCAUGCACGAUUUUCGAGAGUUUCCAACAAUGCUCAAUUUGUCCACGUUACCCAGGCGUUGAAUUCGACAGUGAAAGCAUUGAUACAGUCAUCCAUGACGAGUCCUGUAACAAUGGGGAAGAUGAUGCUCCAUACAGUCACGUUCUUCAUUAAUACUAGUGAAUGGGAUUUUCUUUUGCGCUCUUUUGUAAAAUUGAAAAGUCCAUUCUUGGAUGCGGCAAAAAUGAUUGCUGCUUAUAUGACUAGUACUGACCCGGCAGUUGCUCGGCAAAUUGUCGAAGGUCCGUGGUGGCAUGUUAUGAAUUCAACCUUUCAAGAACUUCCAUCGAACAGUAAAAGGCGAAAUGAUGGAUCGUUGGUUCGUGAGCAAACAAAACAGCUUUUGACAAGAACGCAAUUUCUAGAUAUGUUACGACUCAUCAAAGAAUAUCGAACUAUAUCUUUCCUGAUUAGCUUUCUUGGUAAAAUGUUUGGCGCAGCUGGAAAUUUGGUGAAAAUGAGGAAGGAAUAUGAUGGAUUAUCAUCAAGACAGGAUAUUAGCAAAGAUAUAUUUGUUGAACAUCCCGACUAUUGGCAGUCUAAUUUUGAAAGAAAAGGAAGCGAUGAUGAUCUUUCAUUCAACCUGCCUUUUUUAACUGAAUGUCUCGAUACGGUAUUCAAGAAUGCGCUAAUUGUCAAUCCAAUAAAUGCAUUCUGGCUACGAUCUUACGCCGAUUUUUGCUACGCUUGCGACAAAUUUGCCGAUGCCUUGGUUCUUUACAUGGAAGCAUGUGUGGCUUGCAGUGAUUCUCUAAUGAGACCUCUUCCCGAUAAUGUUGUCGAUGAUGUAAUGUGGCUCAAGGUGCAGCGAUGUUUGCGAAUGAGUGGUGCUGAAACUCUGAGUGCCUUGAUCUGUCAACUCAUGCGUAAUCCUACUGAACGUUACGUUUCAACUGCAUCAUCUCUAAUGGAAAGCCACGGUGACACACUUGAUGCUUGUACGGCCUAUUUCCCACUUAUCAGUGAUAUUAAUUUGGCUGAAUUCAUGAGUGAUGUGUACGAAAAACUUCAUCUUCACAAAAAAGAACAGCUACUGUUACGUGCAAUUUCAGUCCCAGAAAUAAAUUCUCACAAUAUAAGCCAACUUGAAAGGGUUCGAAGACGUGAACGGUUUUUACUUGUUCUUUGUGCACAUGUGUUUAGGAUACAUUUUUGA